CUCUCUCCCCUCUUCUCUGUUCCCGUGCUCUCUUUCUGGAGGGCAGUGUUGGAAGUUGCAGUAGCAGCUCUUGGAGCAGGCUUCCUCGAUGCUUUUUAAGCAGGCAGAGCUAUGGAUGCCCCAUCAGGGCAAAGCCAACAAAGGCGAGCCUCCCUUGGCCCUGGGCCUGUCCACCCGGAAGGCCCUCAGCACGCUGAAGGAACAGCUGGAGGCUGUGCUGGAAGGACACCUGAAGGAGCUCAAGAAACGUCUCACCUGGAAGGAGAUGUGGAGAAGCAGCUUUCUGCACCACAGUAACCGCGGCUCCUGUUUCCAUUGGCCGGGAGCCUCGCUCAUGCUGCUGGCUGUGCUCAUGCUGCUGGGCUGCCACGGGAGCCAGCCCGCUGGGAGCCAUGGGGUGGAGCUGGUGAACGCUUCCGCACUCUUCCUGCUGCUGUUGCUCAACCUCAUCCUCAUUGGGCGGCAAGAGAGGCUGAAGCAUCGGGAAGUGGAGCAGAGACUCCGAGGGAUCAUUGACCAGAUCCAAGAUGCCCUCAGGGAUGGUAAGGAGACCAGAUGGCCCAAUGCUUUGUACCCAGACCUCCACAUGCCCUUUGCGCCCUCCUGGUCCCUGCACUGGGCCUACAGAGAUGGACAGCUGGUGAACCUGCCCGUCAACCUCUUGGUAGAAGGUGACGUCAUAGCGCUGAGGCCAGGCCAGGAAUCCUUCGCCUCUCUGAGGGGCAUCAAGGAUGAUGAACACAUCGUUCUGGAGCCUGGGGACCUGUUUCCCCCUUUCUCCCCACCCCCGUCUCCCCGGGGAGAAGUGAAGAAAGGGCCCCAGAACCCUCAGCAGCACCGGCUGUUUCGUGUUCUCGAGACCCCUGUGAUUGACAACAUCAGAUGGUGUCUGGACAUGGCCCUGUCCCGCCCGGUCACCGCCCUGGACAACGAGAGGUUCACCGUGCAGUCGGUGAUGCUGCACUAUGCUGUGCCCGUGGUCCUGGCUGGCUUCCUCAUCACCAAUGCGCUGCGCUUCAUGUUCAAGGCCCCUGGGCUGACCUCCUGGCAGUACACGCUGCUCCAGCUCCAGGUGAACGGCGUCCUACCCAUCUUCCCUCUACUCUUCCCGGUCCUCUGGGUUCUGGCCACCGCCUGUGGAGAAGCUCGUGUCCUGGCCCAGAUGAGCGAGGCUUCCCCCAGCUCACUGCUGGCCAAGUUUUCGGAGGACACUCUCAGCAGUUACACCGAAGUCGUCUCCUCAAAGGAAAUGCUACGCUGCAUUUGGAGCCACUUUCUGCGGGUGGUCCAGGGGACGUCGCCAACGCUGAGCCGCAGUUCCAGCCUGCUGCACAGUCUGGGCUCCGUCACGGUCCUCUGCUGUGUAGACAAGCAGGGCGUCCUGUCGUGGCCGAAUCCCAGCCCUGAGACGGUGCUGUUCUUCAGUGGGAAGGUGGAGCCCCCGCACAGUAGCCAUGAGGACCUGACAGAUGACCCAUCCACACGCUCUUUCUGCCACCCCGAGCCCCACGAACGGGACGCCCUCCUGGCUGGCUCGCUGAGCAGCACGCUGCACCUGACCAUCGAGCAGGAGCGGGGUGACUGGCCGGGCGAUGGCACCAAGCCCCACGAGCCCCAUGCUUACCCUAAGCCACAUGGCCGCAGCAAACACCCAUCUGGUUCCAACGUGAGCUUCAGCAGGGACACCGAGGGUGGGGACGAGGAGCCCAACAAGAUCCAGCCCGGGAUGGAGGCAGAGUCCUACGAAGCUGAGGACUUUGUGUGUGACUACCACCUGGAGAUGCUGAGCCUGUCCCAGGACCAGCAGAACCCCUCCUGCAUCCAGUUCGACGACUCCAACUGGCAGCUGCACCUCACUUCCCUCAAGCCGCUGGGCCUCAAUGUGCUGCUGAACCUGUGCAAUGCCAGCGCCACGGAGCGACUCUGCCGCUUCUCAGACCACCUGUGUAACAUCGCCUUGCAGGAGACCCACAGCGCCGUGUUGCCAGUGCACGUGCCCUGGGGCCUCUGCGAGUUGGCCCGCCUCAUCGGUUUCACUCCGGGGGCCAAGGAGCUCUUCAAGCAGGAGAACCAUCUGGUACUCUACCGCCUCCCCAGUGCUGAGGUGGUGAAGGAGACGUCGCUGGGGAGGCUCUCGUGUGUCACCAAACGGCGCCCUCCGCUCAGCCACAUGAUCAGCCUGUUCAUUAAGGAUACCACCACCAGCACAGAGCAGAUGCUAUCCCACGGCACGGCCGAUGUGGUCCUGGAGGCCUGCACAGACUUCUGGGAUGGAGCUGACAUCUACCCACUCUCUGGCUCCGACAGAAAGAAAGUGCUGGAUUUCUACCAGCGUGCCUGCCUGUCUGGCUACUGCUCUGCUUUUGCCUACAAGCCUAUGAGCUGCACCCUGUCCUCUCAGCUCAACGGCAAGUGCAUCGAGCUGGUGCAGGUGCCCGGCCAGAGCAGCAUCUCCACCCUGUGCGAGCUGCCCAGCACUGUCCCUGUCAAGCACAACAUCCGCCGCAACAGCUGGAGCUCCGACGAAGGGAUCGGGGAGGCACUGGAGAAGGAGGACUGCAUGCAGGCCCUGAGUGGCCAGAUCUUCAUGGGCAUGGUGUCAUCUCAGUACCAGGCCCGGCUGGACGUCGUGCGCCUCAUCGAUGGCCUGGUCAACGCCUGCAUCCGCUUCGUCUACUUCUCCCUGGAGGAUGAGCUCAAAAGCAAGGUGUUUGCAGAAAAGAUGGGUCUAGAAACAGGCUGGAAUUGUCACAUCUCCCUCACGCCCAACGGGGACAUCCCUGGCUCCGAGAUCCCACCAUCCAGCCCCAGCCACACAGGUUCCCUACACGAGGAUGUGAACCAAGUGUCCCGAGACGACGUGGAAGGGUUUCUCCUGAUGGACGAGGAGGGACACUCAGACCUCAUUAGCUUCCAGCCCACAGACAGUGACAUCCCCAGCUUCCUGGAGGACUGCAACCGGGCCAAGCUGCCCCGGGGGAUCCACCAGGUGCGGCCCCACCUGCAGAACAUCGACAAUGUGCCCCUGUUGGUGCCCCUCUUCACCGACUGUACCCCUGAGACCAUGUGUGAGAUGAUUAAGAUCAUGCAGGAGUACGGGGAGGUGACCUGCUGCCUGGGCAGUUCAGCCAACCUGCGUAACAGCCGCCUCUUCCUCCAGAGUGAUGUCAGCAUUGCCCUGGAUCCCUUGUACCCGUCCCGGUGCUCCUGGGAGACCUUCGGCUACGCCACCAGCACCAGCAUGGCCCAGGCCACCGAUGGCCUUUCCCCACUGCAACUCUCAGGCCAGCUCAACAGCCUGCCCUGCUCCCUGACCUUCCGCCAGGAGGAGACCAUCAGCAUCAUUCGGCUUAUUGAGCAGGCUCGGCACGCCACCUACGGGAUCCGUAAAUGCUUCCUCUUCCUGCUGCAGUGCCAGCUGACACUCGUGGUCAUCCAGUUCCUGUCUUGCCUGGUCCAGCUGCCCCCGGUUCUGAGCACCACCGACAUCCUGUGGCUGUCCUGCUUUUGCUACCCUCUGCUCAGCAUCUCUCUCCUGGGGAAACCCCCGCAUAGCUCUAUUAUGUCCAUGGCGACAGGGAAAAACCUUCAGUCCAUUCCUAAGAAGACCCAGCAUUACUUUCUGCUUUGCUUCUUGCUCAAGUUCAGCCUUACCAUCAGUUCCUGCCUCGUCUGCUUUGGCUUCACACUGCAGAGCUUCUGUGAUAGCUCCCGGAUCCGCAACCUCACCAACUGCUCCUCCAUCAUGCUGCCCAGCAACGCCGACACAGCUCCAGACUGGCUCAAGGACUUCGCCAAUGGGUUGCUGCUGGCCCAGAAGCUCACUACUGCCCUGAUUGUCCUACACACUGUAUUCAUUUCUAUCACUCACGUGCAUCGCACCAAGCCCCUGUGGAGAAAGAGCCCUUUGACAAACCUCUGGUGGGCCAUGACGGUGCCCGUGGUGCUCCUAGGCCAGGUGGUCCAGACGGCGGUGGACCUGCAACUCUGGACACAUAGGGACAGCCGCGUCCACUUUGGCCUGGAAGAUGUGCCUCUGUUGACAUGGUUGCUGGGCUGCCUCUCCCUGAUACUCGUGGUGGUCGCCAACGAGAUUGUGAAGUUGCACGAGAUCCGGGUCCGAGUCCGCUACCAGAAGCGACAGAAGCUACAGUUUGAAACGAAACUGGGCAUGAACUCGCCCUUUUGA